UAAAAGCUUCAGGAAGAAAAGUCGAAGCAGCAAAUAUUCCCCGAUUCCUUUGAUUAUUCUUCUUUUAAAAUGGGAAACGAAGCAUCAGUCCAGGUUACUUAUGGUACAAAGCUCCUAAACAAUGCCAAAUUCGAGUGGACUAAAGUAAAAGAUGGCUGCUUUCCCCCUCGGGAUGGACAUUGUUCGGCUAGUGUGGGGAAUAAAGUGUAUGUGUUUGGUGGUGUCCGUUGGAAUCAAGACAUUAGUGAAGUCUCUGAAGUCAAUGAAACUCUGGUUUUUUGUACUGAAACUCAAACAUGGAGUAGAGCUUCAGUAGGAGGAAAAGUACCCACACCAAGAUCUUCAGCGUCAAUGACUUCAAUAGGGAACAAACUAUAUAUGUUUGGUGGACUCAGCAGAGAUAGUGGAUGGUUGAAUGAUCUGUAUGUUCUGGAUACAGAUACUAUGAAUUGGGAUUUGGUGCAAGCAGAGGGGAACUACCCCUCCCCUAGAGAUAAGCUAUCAGCUGGGACUAUGGGAAAGAAAAUGGUGUUAUUUGGAGGAUUUGGACCAAAGGUUGGCACUUGUAAUGAAGGAGAAGCAGAAUUUGAAUGGUUCAAUGAUUUCUAUUUAUUUGACCCUGAAACAAACAUAUGGAAGAAACUGAUGCCUAGUUUGGAGGGCAGUCCAACUCCGCGCGCUGCUCAUAGUAUGUGCAUAGCAGGUACCAAGAUUGUCAUAUUUGGUGGAAGGGAUAGUGUUUCCCGUAGACAUGACAUCUAUAUAUUGGAUACAGAGUCAAUGGCAUGGGAAUCAGUUGAAACAAAGGGUAGACAGCCAGAACCAAGGUCAUUCCAUGCCUGUACCCUUGUUGGUAAUCGGAUGGUUGUCUUUGGAGGAAGAGGAAUGGCUGACCAACACUUCAAUGAUUUGCAUAUAUUUGAUAUAGAUAAGAGAGAAUGGUUACAGCCUGCUGUAUCAGGAGAUGUCCCUACACCAAGAGGAUCACAUUCUUUAGAUAUGGUUGAUAGUUCUGUUGUUUUGUAUGGCGGCUCGUCAGAUUUUGACCCAGAAACCAUGCAGUUACAGCAGUAUCAUGGUGAUACAUUUGUUAUACCAUCAGGACAACUUCUCGAAGGAGAAUCUCUCGGUCCGGACCCUAAUGAUGUUCCAAACAACCAAGUGAAUAUAGCUCCUCAAGCAGUUAACGGGUUGGCUGCAUGCACGACCAUAGCAGAGACAGAUGAACUUGAAAGUGAGGAUGAAGAAAGUAGUGAAGAUAAUUAGUUUGUUUUACAUUAUUAUUAUUUACUGCGAAAUACCUUGCAUCGUGACCCUCAGUUUUUGGAGUCAAACUUUCGUUAGGUUUACACUCACCCAAUCGGAUACAUGAAAUUUUAGUCAGUUUCGCAACUCAAGUAUGAAAAUCAGGUCGCUAUGUAAAAAAAAUCUGUAAAGUAUCAUUCUUAUGUGUGUGAUAUGUAGAUGUAUUUAUUGUGAAUUUAUAGAGUUUAAAGUGAAAAUAAUUUACGUUCGUUUGAGCGUAGCGAAUUAGAACGUAAUGAUAUUUACAGCGUAACGAUUCUAACCACAUGAAAGCCUUUUUCCAGCAAAUCACAUGCGGAGUCUAGAAAUAUAGUACUUCCAGGUUAUUA